AGGAUCACUGUUGUAACUUUUAAAUGGACGUGAGUUGAGCAACCACCCCACCUUUAAACACCUGCUUAAGAGCAACUCCAGCACGUUUCCUAAAAUGUCCCAUUUUCUAAGAAAACAGUACACCAUUUUCUAAAAGUUGCAAGCAAGUUUCCUAGGUGGUUCCCAAUCCCUAAUUUCUUUCAGGAAAUUUCGCUAAAUUCUCUCAACAUUUCCCAAAUGCAGGGAAUAUACUCCCGGUUCCCUAAAACGCGAAAAGCUCGGGCGGGAGAAAAACCGCCAAGUUCAUUUCCCUUCCGUGCCGCCCGCCUCCACCGAUUCGUCCGGCGGGCCAUGGCCGCGCCUCCGGAUCCACGCGGAAAUGGCCCGCCUCCGCCUCCCGCAGCCCCGUAGGCAAAGAAAUCUCGCCGCCGCCGCCAGGGUCGGCGCCGCCCUCGUCCGCGCCUCCGACGCCCUCCUCCGAGCCUACGGCCCCGCACCUUCCUCCUACGCCCCUGCGCCUCCCUUCUCCGGGCAGGCGGAUCAUUCUGCCAUGGCGCACGCGAGGACCAGGAUCCGCCUAUGCCGUCGCCACCGCCGUCCUCCUUGCUGCAGACGAGCGGCCUCCCGCCGAGGAAGAUCAUCGCCAAGCGCAAGGGUCGGCCGGCCGCUGUCCUGGCGGCUUCACCUCCACCUCCCCCUUCUGCCGAGCACCAAGUGUUCGAUGAAAUGGCUACAAGGGUCAUAUUGGUAUGAUGGAUUGAUGUGGGAGUUCCCAAUGGGCAUAUUUUUCAAUGAUCAUGUUGGUUAUGCAUGCUCUGUUUAUCAUCCAUAUAGCUGCUGGUGUCUUCGUUGCAGGAUGGAUAUGUACUUUUUCUCUGGAAGUGUACUUCUUACUCAGCAUGAAUGUAUGCCUAACGUUUUUAUUCACCAGAGGUGUUUUGCUGGAUUCUAACUGGAGAACAGCAAACUGGUAUCGUAAGAUCAAAAUAUGUCCAAGUCAUGCUAAAUCAUGACAUGAGCUUUUCUGAUACAUAUGGAAACAAUGGUGAUAUUCGUAGUCAAGUUUCGAGUCAGGUAUUGCUCAUUCUGUCAGCUAUUAGUGAGAAAGUAAGUUCAGAGUGAAUUAUGCUUUUACUGUUCUAUAAUUAUGUUCGCAACAUGGACUUGAAUGAUUUUGAUCUGUUCUAACAGCUGGGUGCUUUUGUAGUUAGGCAACUACAAACACAAUAUGGGCACAUUCAUCUGCGGUCUCAUUGUUGGUCUGAUCAAUUGUUGGCAAAUAGCACUUCUAACUCUUGCAACUGGACCCUUGAUUGUUGCUACAUGAGGAAUAUCCAACAUAUUUCUCCACUGACUGGCUGAAAACAUUGAAGAUACAUAUGAUGUAGGAAUUCUCGCGUUGGGAGGAACUGUUUCCGUGAUGGAUUUGUUGCAAAUCGGGACAAGGUCGGGGAGAGGAAGCCAGCAAGCGGCGGCUGCGCAAGAGAAGAGGGGUCGGGGAGAGGAGUUUCUUUUCCUGUGUACAAGGUGUUUUUUCGGCCAUGGCGAGGGAGUCAGGAGAGCGAUCUCGGUUGCGGUGGCAUCGAUGUAAUUUCGGUGAAAUCGACGUACGUACGGACUGUAACUUAAAGAGUAGGUAAGAUACAGAAAAUUAAAGUUGAAAUACUGAGUUGGUCAAUUGGUUGUGUGUACGUCAAGUAAAAUUAGUUGGUAGAUUUCUUUUCUGAUGAUUUUUAUAUAACUAGCAAAAUAACCCGUGCACGGAACAACGGAAAAUUGUAUCAAAACGUCAAAUUAAAUGUUGUUGUGUUUCAUGAACACAUAUGUAUGCAGCUAUUAUGAUAUGUUUAUUUUCGUGGGCUA